UCACCUUGGAAACAUGAACAGAUGGCAAGCUGCCCGGAUCUGCGCUGCCUCAAUAGUUUGAGUCCACUUCACUUCAUGUGGUGCAAUGGUGCAAUAAGCCUUUCAAUCAAUGGUCAGUCGUUUAUCAGGUGGUAAAGGCACUGGGAGAAUGAUUAAACUUUUCUUUUUCCCUUUUGCAGUCGUUUUAGAAGGCUUAAAGGGAGCUGAUAACAUCCGUGUUGAAGUGUAAAACAUCAGUAUAGCCAAAGUUUUCAUCAGGACUGCUUGUACCUUGGUCACAAAAGCACGUAUGGUUAUAGGAGAGUCUUAAUGCUUUUUUACCUUGGACUGCAGAAAAUCAUCAAAGAUUUGUUGCCUUCGCAUUCUUUCUAGGGUAAGACUGCUUAACUCCCUUGAUGACAGCUCAAUAUACAGUUGAUAUGACCGCCAAGCAGAUGCCUUUAUCACAAGAAGCUCUAGCUCAGUUCAAUCAGGCUUUAUCUGAGCACAAUUUGGGACAAUGCCCUCAUACAAGUUCCAUUUCCACUCACAGAAGUACCCAGUCCGUGACUGUGCAUGCCAGCAAACAUCAUCUGCAGCUGAAGAACAUAGAUGGAAGAUCUCAUGUUCCUUCCAGAAGGAGCUCUAUUAUAAGUAAUGUCAAUGCAUCUUUUUCUCGCAAAGGCUCAAUGAUGCAAGGCAAAAGACAUUCCCUGAGCUGGAUGACCUCUGGUCAAGUCAGUUUCUCUGGGUUGCCUCUGUAUCAACCUAUCAGGGAAGUGAAAUGUGAAAAUACAUACAAAUCCCAGCCAGAUGAAGGCUGCAAGUUUAAUUCCUACAAGGUCCAGAAGGUCUUGGAGGGAACUCUGUCAAACUACUUGGGCAACAACAAAUAUAACCCUGUAACAUGUGUACAGCUAGUGCAGAGUUUGACAGACCAUAUCAGGUUGAAAAUGAAGGAUAUCAAUGUCCCUAGAUACAAGCUGGUGUGUAAUGUCGUGCUGGGCCAGCUCAAUGAUCAGGGAAUAUUAAUCGUGAGCCGCUGUCUGUGGGAUACAUUGACAGAUAAUUAUGCAACAGCUACUUUUAAAAACACUUCACUUUUUGCUGUUGCAACUGUGUAUGGGAUAUAUUUUGAAUAAAUAAUAUAUCUGAAGUUAUACUAUUUGAUUAUAGCAAUCUAUUGACUUGCCUAAAGCCUAUAAUGUCAGUGGUGAUAGAUGAGAAUAUAUUUAAUUUUAUGAUAUAUUGUAAUAAUUGCAAUGCUCAAGUGACUUAAUAUUGCAUUACCACUGUUUUGUUACAUGAGAAGCAACUGAAUGGCACAACAAAUCACUGUUUGGCUUAGAUUUCUUACAAAGCCUUUGUUACAUCAUCUCAGCUACAGCAUGCACACAUCCUCAGCAACAGAGAGUAAACCAUGUUGAAUUUUUCUGAUCAUACUUUGAUUGUCCAAGUACUUGCUAAGAUAUCGUUUACGGAAUCUAGCAUUUUCCCAACAUCUAGUCUGCAGUUUUUUUCUAACUUCUUCCUCCCUGGAAUGCUGUAGAGGUGUUACAUUCCUUAAUUUCCAAUCUGUUGACACUGGUCUAACAUCUAGAGAAUUUUGGGAAAAUUACAACCAGUGCCUCAAUUAUCUCUGCAGCUACCUCUUUUAAACCCUUUAGGAUACAGACAACCAGGUGCUGGGGAUUUGUUGGCUUUUGGUUCCUCAAAUUUCUCCAACACUUUUCUCCUCUGUUGAUAUCAAUUAUCUUAAAUUCCUUACACUUAUUAGGGCUUUAGGUACCCUUUAUUUCUAUCCUGUGGUACAUAUAUAUUUGUCUAAUAUCUCUGCUAUUUUCUCAAACCCCAUACUGAUUUCUCCUUUAGGGGACCUAAAUUUACUUGAGCUCUUCUCUCUAUACACUUGUAAAAUCUCUUACAAACUGUUUUCACAUUUCUGGUUAGUUUCCUUAUACUAUUUUUUAAAUCACUUUUUAGUGGCUGUGUCCCAGGGUUUCUAAAGUACUCCAAACUCUCAGGCUUGCAGCGAUUCUUUGCAAGAUCAUUGGUCUUUGCUUAAUCUAAUAUUUCAAAUUUCCUUGUAAAACAGUGAUGUUUCUCAUUUAGCUUUUUGUAAAAUUUUAAUGGUAUAUAUUUCAAUGUGCAUUUUGAUUGUUUCUUAAAAUGUUUGCCACUUUGUUUGCUAACACAUAUUUUAGUCUACUUAACCAAUAAAUAUUAACCAGUUCACCCUCUCAUACCCAAAUAGUGGUUUUGUUUUAAUUUAAAUUCUUAUUUAGGACUGGAGUAGGGGGCUUUCAAACUUAAUAUGGAAUGUAAUUGUAUUAUGGUUUGUAUCAGAAGUUUGUAUCUUGUAUGAACAUUAAAAUUCCCCACCAUUAGUACAGUGCUGUUUUGCAAUCUAUAAUAGUUUAUUACUUAAUGUUCCAACCAGUGGUACAAUUACAGUAAGGGGACCUGUAAAUUAAUCUCAACAAAU